AGGAACAAAAUUUCUCGACUCCAUUAGAGGACAGAGAGUUCUUCUCUUGUCUGGAAGCUAGAGCAAGAAUUGGGAGCAAAUGGGAGGAAUUCUCUUGCAUCAUCGCCAGAUCUCUCCAAAUUAUCUUGCAAGGGCCGCCUUUCAGGGAUCAUUUGCUUUCCCCAGAGAAUUUUCAGAUGGGGUUCUGAUUCGUCGUCCACAGCAUAGCUUCGUAUGCUCAUCUUUGGCUAGCAUUCGAUCGGAAGCCAAUGGGUCUCCCAUGCCCAGAACGGUUAACAAGCGUAGCAAAGAAGAGCUCAUUGCGUUUUUCAAAAGCAUCCAGACCUCAAUCGCCAAGGAGUCGCCAAGAACUUCGAGGAGGAUGAGGAAGCAGUCAUCUGACCCGUUCGAAGAGGCUGAGAGGAGGAAGCAGUCAUAUGGUAAUGCUUCGGAGGAGCAAGAAGAUGGGGAACCAAAAGGGUUAGAUUUGAACGAUAUGAAGGUGGCUCAGCUCAGAGAAUUGGCGAGGGCGAGAAGGAUGAAAGGUUACUGGAAGCUGAAGAAGAGUGAGCUGAUCGAUCGUCUGAAGAGUGCGUGAUUGUCAAGUCCUCUCCUAGACCAGACCAAGAAUAACUCAAAUCACAGCAAUUUGCUGACAAUUCUAGCUGUCCUGACAAAAUUGUAGUAGCAGGUCAAGAGCCGUUUCUGCCUCUCUAAACACAUGUUUUCUUGAGUCUUUUGUAUAUAGAUCUGAUACCCUCUUUCACUUCGGAGAACUGGAGAUUAUUGUACAUGUCAGAGUUCUUGUUUUGUCAUACCCAAUGUACCAUAAGAUUUGGUAGGUCAGGUAGUAUUGUGCAGAAGCUAUUUUAAACCGAGUACAGUGUAAUUGUGUUGGUAAUAAGUAAUUGGUUCAUCAAUCCAACUUUCAUCAAAGUUAACA